CAGGAAAUAGGAAUACCAGCACCUCUUUGCGUCUCUGAUAUCCUGAUAACAAAUUUUCGAUUUUAACGUAAGAUUCGGCUUGCAACUGUGCGUUUUACACGUUUAAUCCAACAUCAGAUGGCACAACUUGUUUGGUCUGACGUGACGUCCUGACGUCUAUAUGUCUACAAAGGUGUUCAAAAGCAAGUGUGGUUGGUGUGUUUUGUGUGAUCUGUAGCUGUAAAAGUAUAUAAUUAUCUUCUUAAAACAGAAAGAACUAGUUAUGGAUAAUAUGAAAAGCGAUUUAUAUGAAUCCCAAGAAAAUGUGCGAGUGUUUAUACGAAUUCGACCACUUAGCAAAAAAGAAAUAUCUGAAGGAAAAGAAAAUAUUGUGGUUUGUGACCAUAGAGAAAACCUAAUUGUUUUGAAGAAGAAUGGAGAGCAUACAAAACCGUUUAAAUUUGAUCAUAUAUUUGGUGCCAAUACAGCGCAGCUUGAAAUGUAUCGCAUGAUUGCUUUUCCAAUUGUUGAAAAAGCAUUAGAAGGUUACAAUGGCACCAUUUUCGCCUAUGGUCAAACAGGAACUGGUAAAACAUAUACCAUGGCUGGAAAUCACAAUGUACCCGAGCUCAAGGGCAUCAUACCAAAUACUUUCUCGCAUAUAUUCAGUCAGAUCUCGAGGGCCAGUGAAGAAAAGUCAUUUGUGGUGAAAGUAACAUAUUUAGAAAUAUACAAUGAGGAUGUUAGAGAUUUGCUAUCACCAGAUCCUAACAAAAAACUAGCCAUCCGAGAAAGAAAAGAUAUUGGUGUUUAUGUGAAAGAUCUCAUGGGAUUUACAGUGGAUUCAAUAGAAUCUAUAACAGAAUUAUUGAACAGAGGCAAUAAAAAUCGUGUUACAAAGUCAACAUUAAUGAAUGAUAUUAGUAGUAGAUCUCAUGCAAUUUUUACAAUUACUAUAGAAUCUAAGAAUAGGAUUGAUAACAAGACUACUGUGGCAAAGCUGAACCUAGUAGACUUGGCGGGUUCUGAGAGAGCCAGUAGGACUCAAGCAACAGGAGAUAGACUACGUGAAGCUAGUAAUAUCAAUUUGUCCUUGUCAGUAUUAGGGAAUGUUAUAUCAGCUUUAGUAGAUGGUAAAAGUACACAUAUACCAUAUAGAAACUCCAAAUUAACUAGACUUCUCCAAGAUUCAUUAGGAGGUAACUCUAAAACAGCAAUGAUUGCGAUGUUGAGUCCAGCAGAUAUUGACUAUGAAGAAAGUAUGUGCACUUUAAGGUAUGCUGCUCGUGUCAAAUAUAUCAAGAAUUGUGUGAAAAUUAAUGUUGAGGAGAAAGGGCUAAUCGAAGGUUUUGAGCUUGAAAUUGCUGAGUUACAACAAAAACUCAUGGAGUUGAGCAUGUCUGAACAAAAGAGGGAACAGAAGAGAAAAGAGAGAGCAGUCAGCGCCGAAGAGAAAGAAAGACAAAAGCAAACUGCUUUGGAGUUGGAGAAGACUGAGAAAAUGAAGGCUGAGCUAGAAGAAAAAAUGGCCCUUAUUCAGAAAAAGAUUCUUGUAGGAGGAGAAAAUCUCCUAGAAAAAGCCCAACAGCAGGUAUUCUUUUUGGAAUCAUCAGCAGCAGAGCUCGAAAGCCUUGAUAAGAGCCACCAACAAUUGGAAGAACAACUGAACAAGAAGGCCGCUGAGAAAAUUGAUGUUGAAGAACAAUAUUCCUCAUUACAAGAGGAAGAUCUCGGGCUUACAAAAAAGAUAAAGAAAGUGCAAGCUUUCAUAAAAGAUGCGAAAGAGGAACAUUCUGACAAAGAAAGAGAAUACCAAAGGGAUUUGGAAGCACUUUUUGACAAUAAUCGACUUCUUGUCAGAGAAACACAACUUGCUAACCUUAUUAUCGAUAGCUAUAUACCUCAGGAAUAUUUGAAAAAGAUUCUCACACAUUUGAUAUGGAAUAAUGAAACUCAAGAAUAUCAAAUGCGCGGAGUAGCGUAUACGGGCAAUAACAUGAGAAAACAACAGAAUACGAGUGCUGAAAUUUUUACCCCCGUAAAAUUUGAAAUGAAACAAGUCUAUCAUAAAUAUCCCGAGAAGAAACGUGAAAAGCGAUCCAUGAUAAAAAGUUUUUCAGCAAUACCAAAGUCACGUUAGUAGCGCCGUGUAAUUUUGCUUUCAUAUUUACAAUGGCGUUUGUAAGGUUCAUAUGCAUAUAUCUAGGAUUUUCUUGAUAACCUUUGAAGCAAUCGUAUCUUUUCAUACGAACUGAAGCAAUUGUUUGCUAGAAAGCUUGCUUUACAUUGAUCAUCACACAUUGUAAAGAUAUUUAAAAAUCAUAUUUGAAUGAAUGUUAUGUGUAUAUGAAUCUUAAAGCAUAGUUAUUUGAGAUUUUUACAUGUGAUUAUGCUCUCUGUUAUUUAUUGCAUGUUAUGUUUGUGUUUGUUAAUUUUGUAUUUGGCUGUGUUUUUUUCUAUUCAUUUUUUAAGUCAAAGUCGACAUUUUAUUUAUACAGUAUUUUUGUAAUAAGCCAGAUAAGUAUAUAUAUAUAUAUAUAUAUGAUACCAUAGAAUAUAAGUGAUAUUACUUAAAUUUGCAUAUUCGAGUGACUCCUAUUGAAACAUAAAUCUGUCAGAAGUUGAGAUACAAAAAGAGUUGAUCAUAUGACUCGGCACUUUUUCUCUGCAACUUCUACUAUUGAAUUUGAAACUUGUGCACUACAUAAUAAAAUUUAAACAGUUUAGAGUUUUCAUGAUUUUUAAGUAAGUGCUGUGAACUGACUUCUAUGCCACGUAAUUAAAAUAUUAUUCUGAUUUAGCUACAGGCAUUAUCGCGGUAGAUCUUUCAUAGUAACAUCGUAAUAAUUGGCUACCUUCGAUUCCAUAAACUAACAUUUUCAAUAUUGUCAUACUUGGAGAUUAUGAUCGUCGAUAUUCUUAAUGUAUUAUCAAAGAGUAGUUUUAUCAGGGGAAGACACUUUGUGGAUGUCAUCAUUAUAGUAACGAAGCCGAUCGCAAAUAUUUGUUACAUCAUCGCGUAUUGAUAUGAUACGAUAAAAACUAGUCUUAUCUUACGUAGUUGGAUGCUAAACAGCAAACUCGGAAAGUUUGGAAACACAGAGUGAGGGAUGUGCCCACCUAAUUAUAGACAAUCCAAAUCUACGUCCGUCGUGUGACCGGUUGCCUAAGUGUACCCAUACGAAGUCUGUAAAUUAAUUGAUGGGACUCAACCGACAAGACCCUGCAUUCUAUCGAUAGUUUCAAUGAUGAAGGCCUUCCGCUGCGUGGUUCGUCUUCAAUCGAUACUAUCCCUUAAACCACCGAAAAACCUGGGCUGUUGACAAAAUACUAUCUCUGUAGGCCUGUCUAGCAAGAGUUUCCGUUGCACUGUGCGCAAGCCUGAAGCAAAACGAUAGCACACCGUUGCUUGAAAUUGAUUUCAAUCAUUUUUAGAACACAGUUUCGAGCGAGUUUAAACUUGUACUGAAGGCGGAUCACAUGUUCCCAUGUCUCCCCUCCGAGCCCGACGCCUCUAGUGUCGCCAGAUCGAACGCUACGUUGCCAGUCUCAUCACUUAAUUUACAGACCUCGUAUGUAUGAUUGGAUUGUGGCACAUAACUAAAUAGACUAUAUAUAAUUCAUUCUUUUGGCCUCAGCGUUUGGUUUCAGCUCUUUUUCGUUAUACAAAUUGGAACUAUCUGAAUUGUUUUAAAAAAAUCGUGGAAAUGGGGACGUUUGCGGUAUUUAGGCAACAUACUCUUGGACUAAUACUCGCUCGUAGAAGGGUCUGUUGUGUUGUCAAACUGCCAUAAAUUGUGUAGAAAAUACUACAUUUAUACUGAGCUGAAUGGAGUUCCGUUCUUUUACGGUGGUUACGUCAAACAUUCAUACGAAAUAAGUAUUAAACAUAUCGCCUUAUUUCCAGAAAACUGGCAAUCAUGUCAAGUAGACCGACUAUUGAUCAAAUAAAAAAUUUGAGGUUGGAAAACUUUUGAUUUCAAGCUGACGUUCCUGUUUUGUUACUAAACUAAUAUUCCGCGUAAGCCCCUAAAAGUUAAAUAUCUAUGUGAUAACUGCAAGUAAUGGUUAAUGAAUUCAUCCAAAAAGGAUGGUUUGUCAGGCAAUACUGUAUUGAUCUCCUACUAAAUAAGAACAGCACUUGUUUAGACCUGAUCAACUGUUUUGUCGAAGCGAUGUUUUUGGAGUCAUAUUUUCUCUUUCUCCAAUGUUAUUCGCCUUGUCUAACUGUCGUCUCUUUAUAUAACUACUCUUUGGUGCUGUUGCUGGCGUUAUUUCCAUUAAAUGACUAUUGAAAUCAUAUUUUGAUGGCUUUGCUUUUGGUGACAUGGGAUUCCAAAGCUUAACUCAUGCGUUUUGCUUUUUCGUGGGUAAAUUCAUAAAUUCGUAUUAACGUUCUAAUAUACAUGAUAUCUUGAUUGACAUGAAAGUAAGUCUGAUUUCUACUAUUUUGGUCUAGCUUAGAUUAUGGGGUUUUAUUACGCCUUUGAAGUUCUGCACAUCAGAAGCGAAUGUUUCAAAUCUGCAUGUUUGAUAAUAUACUCCAAUUCGGAAUUAGGACGGCUUGUAAAGAACGUCGUCCAGAUCGUUUCAAGUUCGAUUUGACAGGUUUAAAUGGUGUCCCCUGCUUUUGGUCUGUAAAACGGAAGUAGUAGGAAAUUUGAUCGACAGCUUUUAUAAUUGCACCAUUUCUGAUGAGGCUUUGUAGAUAGUGAGAAGGCACAAAGAUACCAAACCUGACGUUGAUUACCAUUGAUAGAAUAUGGUAGAAUAGUGUAUAGUAUAGUUUUCUUUUUUUAUACAUUUUUUCAAGUCCUCGCAAUUUGUGCGAAGAAGGUGAUAAUUUUGCAUUUUUUAUUUAUAUAAUUUAUUCAGUUUUUGUUGCAAAUAAGCACUCUGUAUGUAUUAUUUUGCUCUAAUAUUAUUCUAGUCAAAUAUUGUCUGAUUUAACAUUGUUGAUAAGGUUUAUGAUUAGUCUUGCAACUUUAAGCACUGAUUUAAGAUUCUUCUACAUUUCAGUUUGUCCACGAAACAAGUAUUAUGAAUAAUCGCAAAUAUAACAAUAACACCAGAUUGAACUAUUUUAAUUAUGUCCACUACCUAUACCAAAUUAUUAUACGAAACAAUCGGAAAUAGGAACCCAUAUUAUGAUAAUAACGGUAUAUCGUAGAAAUUGACCACUAUAUCGCCGAAUGAUUGGUUAUAGCCUGGAUUAUAAAAAAGAACUUACCUAACACUACUCAAAAAAAUUCAAAUUUUUCGGUGAUUUUUGAUAGGCUGAAAAAUGAUCGUAUCUAGACUUAAAAAAAGCAUUAAGGUCUUUUAGCCGAAAAAUUUUAGGAGCAACGGUUCUCAUGUAAUUCUAAAAGAUAGCGC